GAGACUCCCAACUCAUGCUGCUUGUACUCAAUGACGAUUGGUGAUGGUGUUCGAUUCGUUUAGAUAGGAAAACAGGGAAAAUAGACGGAAACUAUGGCAGGGUCAGCGCUCAGACGUUUAAUGGCCGAAUAUAAACAGUUAACUCUAAACCCACCGGAAGGUAUUGUGGCUGGACCGAUUAAUGAAGAAAAUUUCUUCGAAUGGGAAGCAUUAAUUACGGGGCCCGAAGGGACGUGCUUCGAGGGCGGAGUGUUUCCCGCCAAGUUGAUAUUUCCUCCUGAUUAUCCGCUGAGCCCUCCAAAAAUGCAGUUCACCUGCGAGAUGUUUCAUCCGAACAUAUAUGCCGAUGGGAGAGUGUGCAUCAGUAUCCUACAUGCUCCUGGGGAUGAUCCGAUGGGCUAUGAAAGUAGCGCGGAGAGGUGGAGUCCCGUGCAGAGCGUGGAGAAAAUCUUAUUGAGCGUAGUAAGUAUGCUAGCCGAGCCAAAUGACGAAAGCGGAGCUAACGUGGACGCAGCAAAAAUGUGGAGAGAAGACCGGGCAGAGUUUGAAAGGGUGGCCCAGAAACUCGUAAGGAAAACUCUCGGAAUCGUCACAUAGGACUCCUGCGACCCAUACGAAGUAACGUUGCCCCUAUGGUUGGAUGUUUUUAUCAUUAUUCGUUAUUUGUUUACGGCUUUCAGUGUACGAUACGUUGAAUAAAACCAUGCUGAAAAUCAUCGGCUAAGGUUCGACCCAAACCUUAGAGCACGCACUACCAAAUGGAUUAAUCUUACUCAUGAUACAACCAAGCGGACAAGGAUUUAAGAAAACCAUCCACAGUUUAUCGUUCAAUUUACAACGGUAAGACCGUAUUCAAGGCCCUUCGCCGAAUCAUAACCUCUACCAGGAAAUUAAUUAGGAAAUAACAUCCGAGAAAGCAGUUACGGUAAACCGAGAAUAAUUAAUUCCUUCUCCGCCGUUGUAUCACCGGAGAUGAGAUGAAAAGAGACUUAGCGAUGCGCAGUAACGUAGUAAACGCUCUCGGAAUUAUAACUAUCGAGCCUAACGCAAUGGUCUGUAAUUUACAAGUAUUAUAGCGAGAUGUCCUAUCAAAUCUAUUUAAUAUAUAGCCGAACCAGUAGCCUAUACAUAAUGCAAAUCAUUUACUGUAUAUUUUUGUACAUCUGUAAUCUUUACUACAACCCCCGAAUGUUAAAAAUGUCCCUCCUAUUUCUUCCGUCGUCAGAUAAAAAAAAAACAGAAUUACAGUUACCCAAUUUAAGAGAA